AUAAAUGUAGAUAAGCUUUUACAGACACACGACACAGCCUGUUUUCUAAGCAACAUGUUUCUGUGAAUCAGCUAUCGAUUGAAACAAAAACAUGAAUACAGAAGAUAAUACACUACACUCCACAUGUCAAGGGUGUUUAAGAUUUGUGAGAAGUUUUUUACCGAGGGACUUUAAAAGAGAAACUGUAAGCUUGUGCACUCUUGCUCUACCUGUGUUUCUGUCCAAUCUGUCGGAUUAUCUAAUAACUUUUGUAAGCACUGUGUUUUGCGGACACCUGGGAAAGGUUGAACUUGACGGUGUGACACUUGCCACAGCCGCCAUCAAUGUUAUGGGCAUUGCCAUUGGUCAUGGCUUGGCAGCAGCAUGUGACACACUGAUUUCUCAGGCAUUUGGAAGCGGUAACUUACAUCAAGUUGGUGUCAUAACACAGAGAGCGAUUCUGAUUUUAUUACUCACAUGUCUGCCGUGCUGCGCCCUUCUUAUCAAUGCAGAGUCCAUAUUACUGCUUGUGGGACAAAGCCCAGAGGUUGCCAGGGUCUCUCAACUCUAUGUGAAUAUUUUUUUGCCUGGUCUUCCGGCUUCAUUUAUGUACAUUACCGAAGCGAAAUAUUUGCAAAACCAGGGAGUAGUUUGGCCUCUGGUCAUUACUGGGCUAGUGGCAAAUGUUUUUAAUGUGGUCAUCAACUAUAUUCUCCUCUUUGUCUUGAAUUUUGGAGUUCCAGGAUCAGCAGCUGCCAACACCAUAUCACAAUAUACUUUGGCCAUUUCACUAUUUGGGUACAUCCGAUGGAAAGGUCUCCAUAAGAACACCUGGACAGGCUGGUCGAUGGACUGUUUGCUGGAGUGGAAGUCAUUUAUUCACUUGGCCAUUCCAAGUAUGCUUAUGCUUUGUACAGAGUGGUGGAUUUAUGAGAUUGGAGGACUCCUGGCAGGUCUGAUAAGUGAAGUGGAGCUAGGGGCUCAGUCAAUCGUAUUUGCAAUGGCAAAUAUUGCAUACAUGUUUCCUUUAGGUUUUAGUGUAGCAGGCAGUGUGAGAGUAGGAAAUGCCAUGGGUGCAGGAGAUGUCGCUCAAGCCAAGAUCUCUGCUAAACUCUCUAUGGUUUGUGCAGUUUCUGUUGCCGUGUUUUUGGCAACCAUCAUUGGUUCUACAAAAAAUGUCAUUGCUUAUGUCUUCACAAAUGAUGAAGACAUUAAAACGAGGGUUGCCACGGUAAUGGUUUUAUAUGCUCCUUUUCAUCUUCUUGAUGCAACAGCGGCAGCAGGUGGCAGUAUAGUAAGAGGUUUAGGCAGACAGAAGAUUGGCGCAAUCUGCAACCUUCUUGGAUACUAUGGUGUAGGUUGUCCUAUUGGAAUAUCAUUGAUGUUUGCUGCUAAAAUGGGAAUUGUUGGUCUGUGGACUGGCAUGUUAAUAGCUGUCUUUCUUCAGACAAUCUUCCUUAUUUUCCUCAUUUUCAAACUGGACUGGGGAAAAGCCUCUGCAGAGGCACAGAUCAGGGCCGGUGUGCCGACAGGAAUGACAAAUAAUGGUGCACAGGAGGAGAGUGGAAAUGCUGUGAGCUAUGUGAACACUACUACAGAUAUGGAGAGACUAGUAGUAGUGGAGCCCAGAGUCGUACUUAGCGCAGGGUUGCUGCUGCGGCGGGGACUGGUUCUGGCAGCUAUGCUUGUUAUUCUUUUUGUUGGUCUCAUUACUAAAAUCUUUCUUAACAGCUCAUAUCAUAACAACCCAUCCGGAUUGUAGUUCUAGUAGACUGGUACAUGGGAAAAUAUUGAGUGCCUUUCAAGCAGGGUGCUGUUUUCACCAUUUCUCCGUUCAUCUCUCUCUGGACUACAUUGCCCAUCAUCCUCCACGCUCCCUCGACAGUUUCGUGUUUGUUGUUGUCAUCCUCACCUGCCAGCCAUCACUCUCAUUAUCUCCACUCCAUUUAUAUUCCUUUGUCUGUUCUUGUAUUGUGAGUGUGUUUUCUUGCCAGUGUGUCUGUUCCCAGAUUUCUAAUUAAAGUCACAUUUUUAGAGUUUCCAGUCUACUCUUUCCACACACAGGCGAAGAGAAAUCCUCUCAACAGUCUCACAAACUGCUUUAAGUUGUUUCAUGUCUUAAAGUUGUCUCACUAAAGCCAUGGUUUUGUAGAUAUUAACCUGGAGUUUACCCAUCUGGAUCAGAUAUAGUGAACCAUGGUAAAGAUGUGCAUUUAUGUGUGGGUCAUCAAGUUAUAUGGUGGUCAAUAAGAUCUAAAAAGCACAUCCAUUAAUUAUUAUAGUAAUCCAAAUGACUCCAGCGGGUUAAUAAAUGUUUUCUUAAGAGAAAUUAUAUGUUUGUGAAAAAAAAGCAAUUUUGUGUUCAAUACUUUGUGUAAUGCAUAAAGAUUCAGCUAUAGACGGUUACAUGUCUGGAUAGAACUUAACUUCCGGUUAGGGCUGCUCGAUUUUGGUAAAAAUCAUAAUCAUGAUUAUUUUGGUAAAAAUAUGGUGAAAAAAUAUUCAGAUAUGGUGGCAUACUGACAAUGUCCAAUCUCAUUAGUUCUCUGCAUGUCCUGAAAUGUGAUCAAUAAGAUUCACCCUUACUGACAUGCCACCAUAUUUUAACUCUUAUUCCUUCAAGAAUUUGCAAAAGGUAUAACAUUGCUCCUU